AUGGAUAUUGGAGAAGAACAAAACAGAGCAACUGGAGAAUGGCAUCCAGAGUAUUACAUUUGGUCAAUUAAAGAAUUCGGCAAAAAAUGGUCAUUGUGUAUAAGAAGACGUUGUGGAGUGUUUACAUCACCAAUUUUUCAAUCCGGUGAAAACUCAAAAUACGAAUGGUGUCUUGAAUUUACUCCAAAUUCACGUUUAAGAUUGAAACUUUUAAAUUUUGAUCAACAUAAAAAUACUGAAAUGAAUAUCAAGACUUGUGUAUCAUUUAUUAAUGAUGAAGAUGAGACAAAAAAUUGUUCAGCAUUUGGUGAAUUAAUUGUUGAUGAAAAUGAAUUAAUAUAUUCACAUGCAUUAUCAACAGCAUCAGCAUAUAAAAAAAAAAUAUUUCCAGUUGGUAAAUUUAAGAUAUUAAUUAGAAUAAUACCAUCUAGUAGUGAAUUUGAACUACAUGAUAAAGAACAUUUGAUUGAUAUAAUGAAUUCUGCUGUUAUACUUGAUGAUAAAGAUUCAAUAUUAUCAUUGCCAGAUCCAAUGAUACAACUUCGUUCAUAUAAACUACAUAAAACAAAAAUUAAUCGUCCAUUGCUAUCUGGAUUAUUAUCAUGUCUUCAAAAUGAAAAAUUUUGUGAUAUUGUUCUUGAAGUUGAUGGGAAAGAAUUAAAAGCCCAUAAGAUGAUAUUGUCUAUUAAAAGUCCAGUAUUUUCAGCAAUGUUUGAUCAUGAAUCCAUGAAAGAAUCAAGAGAUAAUCGUGUUGUCAUUGAAGACAUGGAUGCAGAUGUUGUAAAACAAAUGUUAGAGUAUAUUUAUACUGGAAAAACACCAUCAAAAAUUGAUGAUUGUGUUUAUGAUCUCAUUGCGAAUUUUAGAGAUUUAGAAUCUGAAAAUGCUAAUUUAGCAAUUGAAUGCUUCUGA